AUGUCAGAAUCUGAUGCUCAAGCCUUGAGUCGCAUGAACGCAUACGUAGUGCCGUCAUACAUACCAAAAGACGCACCAAGAGGCCCAGCUGCUAUGCGAGUGUCCCGUCCAACUCAAAACGAAGCCCAUGAUGAAAUAGAUGAAUGGUUAGAGUCGGGGCUACAAUCGUAUACAGAAGAGGGCCAGCGCAUGCAUGAUGCGGCGAACGGCGUCCAGGUACCGAAGCGUUCGACCGCGCUGACGAGCACGGCGCACGUUGUUGGCAGACUUGAAGAGCCCGAAGUUGCUUCACCGCCUCCGGCCUAUCCUGAAGAAAUUUCCGUGCCACACAACGAGGAUCGCGUGGAUGUCCCAAUCCGCUCACGUGCAUCCAUGCGGUGUGGUGGGAUCGUUCGUCACAUCACCAUCGGCGGUGACUACAACAACAUCCACUUGAACACCGGUACUGGGCAGCAGAACAUCGCACGUUACGACUAUCGCAGGUAUCGAGAUGAAGAGACUGUUCAAGAAUAUCAUGAUGCUGGGAACGGCGGCGGCGGCGGCGGCGGUGACGAAGGCUACGAUGGUGCGAACGAGGGCCGCAACGACCACGAAAAUAGUCAAGAUGAUACCCCAGGAUAUCGUUCGCCAAUAGGCGGCCGAGACGAUCGAGAUGAUUGGGGUGACGAUCGCUACGAUGGGGAAUACGACAGGUACAACGAGCGUCGUGGCCGUGGCAACACGCCUGCACGUGACAGCCGGGCUGGUGCGCGCUACGAUGAUGACGACGGAUACCGAAGUGACGGAGGUUACUAUAGCUAUAGUGAUGAGAGUGAGUACAGUGACUGGUAG